AUGGAUUCACAAGAAAGCUCGUCUCAAGCCAGUUCUAUAUACACACCCGAAUGCUAUGAUUGUACCUCCAGCAGCCCAGACCGUAUCGCUAUCGUGGGUAUGUCUUGUCGAAUGCCUGGGGAUGUGAGUAACCCAGUUGAAUUCUGGAAUAUGUGCGCUCGGGCACGCAGUGGCUGGACUGAAACUCCGGCGGAGCGUUUCUCCCCUGACGCCUAUUACCACCCAAAUCCAGGAAAGAAAGGAACUCAUAAUGCACGGGGAGGGCAUUUCUUGAGCGAGAACAUUUCACUCUUCGAUGCGCCUUUCUUCAACGUGACUGCAGCCGAGGCCACAGCAAUGGACCCGCAACAACGGUUGUUAUUGGAAGGCACGUACGAAGCGUUUGAGAAUGCAGGCAUCUCGAAAUCAGAAGUUGUCGGUCAGAAUAUCGGUGUGUUCAUGGGCGGCUAUGGGGCCGACUAUCAACUUUUGGGGCAUAAGGAUACGGAGACCGUCCCCAUGUAUUUUGCUACAGGAACAUGCAAAGGUCUUAUGUCUAACCGGGUCUCAUAUUAUUUCGACUUGAAAGGACCUAGUUUCACAAUUGACACUGCGUGCUCAUCAAGUCUCGUUGCCUUACAUCUAGCAUGCCAAUCUCUCCGAGCUGGAGAAUCGAGCGCCGCAGUCGUUGGCGGUGUCCAUUUGAAUCUUAGUCCUGACAGCUUUGCCACAAUGUCAUCGCAAAGGCUUUUCUCAGAGACGGGGAAGUCGUACGCGUUCGACCACCGGGGCACAAGUGGUUAUGGUCGUGGAGAAGGAGUUGGCUGUCUGAUCCUGAAACGUCUUUCAGAUGCAUUGGAGUCAAACGAUCGAAUUCGUGCAGUGAUCGUAAAUUCGGGUACAAAUCAGGAUGGUCGCACCAAUGGAAUUACCCUACCAAAUGGAUCAGCUCAGGAAGAUCUUAUUCGAUCGGUGUACAGAAAAGCUAACAUUUCCCCGGAGGAUGUGGGCUUCGUUGAGGCUCACGGAACUGGCACAAAAGUGGGAGACCCGAUUGAGGCAACAGCCUUGGCCAACGUAUUGGGCAAAGGGAGACCAGCAGAUGACCCGUUGCUGGUCGGAUCAGUCAAGACGAAUGUUGGGCACUUGGAAGCCGCCAGUGGAGUUGCCUCGGUGAUCAAAGCAGCUAUGAUGCUAGAACGAGGCUUUAUCCUACCAAACUGUGACUAUGAAAAGUUCCCAACGAGUAUAUCAUCUAGUCUGAACAUCAAGGUGCCGACGCAUCAAACACCAUGGCCCAAUAACAAGAAAUACAUAUCGAUCAAUAACUUUGGAUUCGGUGGCUCAAACGCUCACGUGGUUUUAGAGAAAGGGUCUCGCCCAGCCGCACCGGUAGAAGUGAGCGUUGAUGCGCCGGGUUCUGAUCAGAGAGAACCAAGACGGCUGUUUGUGUUGAGUGCGCACGACGAAAAGGCAGCACAGGCCAGUAUGGAGAAUCUCAUCGUCUACUUGGAACGAAAGCCAGAGGCGUUUGAAAUUAAUAUGCCUCGAAACCUUGCCUAUACCCUGGGUGAGCGACGAUCCAUAAUGCCCUGGAGGAUAGCAUUUACAGCGACGGGGUCAAGUGACUUGACUAGACAGCUCGUCGAUCGUCAGUCACGCCCAGUGAGGGCUAAGGAGCUUACAACAGUUGCUUUUGUUUUCACUGGCCAAGGGGCUCAGUGGCAUGCCAUGGGUCGCGAGCUUCUUACGACUUACCCUGUGUUUUUUACAACCUUACGCGCUACAGAUGCCGCCCUGGACAAGCUGGGUGCUGGAUUCUCCCUCAUCGAGGAACUUUCAAAGAAUAAAGACGCAAGUCGGGUUAACGAACCUCAGAUCAGUCAGCCAAUUUGCACAGCUAUUCAGAUUGCCCUGGUAGACCUGCUGCGCUCGUGGAAUAUAAAACCAUCGGCGGUUACUGGUCAUUCUAGUGGCGAGAUUGCUAGUGCGUAUGCUACUAAUGCGUUGUCAUUAGAAGACUGCAUGGCGAUUGCCUAUCAUCGGGGUAGGACCGCAAUGCUGCUUGUUGGAAACUCUAAGUUGCCACGGGGUACAAUGUUAGCUGUUGGUGUAGGACCAGAUGAAGUGAAGAAUAUCAUAGGCACAAUUAGCCAUGGUCGAAUUGGAAUUGCCUGCGUCAAUAGUCCAAAGAGUGUUACUAUCUCUGGUGACAAGGCUGGCGUUAUCCAGCUGGAUCAGAUCCUUGAAGAGAAAGGUAUUUUCCACCGGCUAUUGAAUGUGAAUGUCGCAUACCAUUCGCACCAUAUGCAAGUCGUCGCAGAGGAUUACCGUGCAUCAAUUGCGCACAUUCAACCAAAGCGCGACUGCUCUGCUGUCCGGUUUCAUUCCUCUCUACGUGGGCAUUUGAUAGAUACCCGGGAGCUCACUGCAGAUUACUGGGUUCAAAACUUGACAUCAACAGUCUUGUUUUCUGACAGUCUGUCCGAACUGUGCUCAUAUGAUGAUACCGUUAACAACCUGAAUGGAGUCAAGUUUCGGACCACCGUUCUGCUAGAAAUCGGACCCCACUCAGCCCUGGAAGGACCAAUAAAGCAGACCGUAUCCAAGGGAUUUUCCGAUGGCUCACUGGUCUAUUCCAGUAUGCUGCGGAGAAACAAAGAUGCCACAGAGACAGCCCAGAAGGCGGCAGGAGACCUGUUUAUGAGAGGUAUACCUGUCAAUAUGGCUGCUAUCAAUCGACCAGCUCCGGGAACCUCACUACCGCAGGUUCUGACAGACAUGCCUCCAUAUCCUUUCCAACACGAUAAUGCAUAUUGGCACAGUUCACGAUUUACCCAGAAGUACCUAUCCAAGGAAAUACCAGCUCGUAAUGAUAUCUUAGGAGUUCUCGCCGACUAUUCUAAUGACCUUACCCCAGAGUGGAGAAAUGUCUUCCAGCUGGAUGAUCUUCCGUGGCUGCGCGAUCACAAGGUGCAAGGCAUUGUUACCUACCCGAUGGCUGGCUUUAUAGCAAUGGGCAUGGAAGCGAUCAUACAGCACCCACGCCUUGUGCUCGGGAAUGGUAAGAAAGCAGGCAACAACCGCGAUGAGAGCUACAAUACUAUCAAGCGCAUUAAUCUGCGCAACUUUGCUAUUCAACGGCCGCUUGUCUUGGACGAGGAUGUUGAAGUUGAGAUGGUCACUAAACUCUCGCCUUUUAUGCUGGGCCCACACACACAGUCUGAUACAUGGAGCGAGUUUGUUGUCACAUCGUGGACGCAACAGAGAGGAUGGAUUCAGCAUUGUCGCGGGCUUGUCUCAGCUGAUACGGAAAGUACUCCAUCUCAGGGCUCAAAGCACAUUGAUGGGGCUGGAGAGGCCCGGGACGGAAUAUCCCCGCGAGUCAGCCAUUUCUAUAAUGAGGAGGAUUGCAUACUCACCACUGACUAUGAGGUCAUGUAUGAUUCAUUACAGGCCGCGGGAACUGGCUAUGGGCAAAUGUUCCGAGGGCUGAGGAAUAUUGCCAAGUCAAGUACUGGUGAGCUCGCAGUUGCAGAAUUGCUCGUCCAAGACACAGCAUCAAUUAUGCCCCAUGGUUGCGAGACGAGCUAUAUGGUACAUCCAACCAUACUUGAAAGUUCCUUCCAAGCUAUUUGGCCUCUACUCGGAGCUGGCACCACUGGAUUGGACACAUUAUACAUGGUUACUGCAGUUCAGCAGAUGUCAGUUUCCUGCAGGAUCCGAAAUGAUUCUAAGUCUCAACUGCGGGUCUCGGCAGCCCCUGAGCUGGCAUCUCAACCUUUGCACUCCGCUUCGCAGAAGUCAAAUGGAGUGCGAAGGGAAGCGGAUUCAAGUUUCUCUGUUGUUGUAACUGCCUCCGAUAAUCAUGACCAAGCUUUGAUACGUUUGAACGGCCUAAAGGUUUUGCCCGUACACCAGAGUGAGGACACAGGUAUUAAACAGUCGAGCAGGGGACUUUGCUACAAACUGGAUUGGAAGUCUGUGUUCGAAGACACCGUGUUGGACAGCGGUAGCAGUAGCGGUGCCGAUACGUGUUCGGAAGGGUCCAAUGAACUAUCGUUCGCUCUUCUGGAUCUGGUGACCAUCAUAUACAGACAAGAAGAUCAGUUCGAUGUGGCAUUCAAGCUAUCGAAGAGCUUGGAGAGCUUGACAGGAACUCUAGUCGAGUUGCAACCAUUUGACACCAAUGCUGAUGUAGCCACCACCCCCAGUGGCGUCGUGAUAGUGCUUAUCGAGAUUGGGAAGUCUUUUCUUCCUUUCCUAUCCGACAAAGAGUUCCAGUGGAUGAAAAAGACAAUUCUCCAAUCCAGCAGUCUGCUCUGGGUUUCGCAAAUUGCGUACGCAGGUCACCAGGACCCUAAUUCGCAUUUGGCCAUGGGCCUUGCUCGAUGUAUACGGGCAGAAACUGACAAGAAAUUUGCAGUCCUAGAUUUGGAGGCCAACACGCCGAAUAGUACAAACAGCCCUGUGAAAGAUAUCAUUACUCAUGUAACUGAAGUGUUCACUAGAUCCCUUUCACCACCUGGUCAAGUGGGGUCACCAUACCCAUGUUCUGAUAUGGAGUACCGUGUGCGAAAUGGCCAGCUGCAGGUCCCUCGUGUCGUCUAUGAUGACAAGGCCGACAACUUUGUUCAGAGUGAGGCUCAUGGGCAGCAUGUUAUUGAGGAGCAACCAUUCUUCUCUCGAGACAAAGAUAUCCGGCCUCCUUUGAAGCUUUCUGUCAGCACCCCUGGUGUUCUUAAUAGCCUAUAUUUUAUUCCCGAUCCAGUUGUGGGAACACCUCUCGAAGCCGACGAGGUAGAAAUCGAGAUCAAAGCCACUGCUGUUAAUUCUCGCGAUAUUUCGCAAGCUAUGGGUCAUCUACCUGCUAAAUCUAUCGGCUUGGAAUGCUCCGGAGUUAUCACUCAGAUUGGAAGUCGGGUUAAGUGCUUCUCAGUCGGUGACAGAGUUUGUGCGGUUAACACAAAAGGUGCCUACUCGCAAUUGACCAGAUGUAGAUACACCAGCGUGUCGAAGAUACCUGAGGAUAUGACAUUCGUCACUGCAGCAAUGAUCCCUGCAGCAUACUGUACUGCAUACUAUUCCCUGAUCAAGAUGGCACGGCUUUCCAAAGGUGAAUCAGUUUUAAUACACGCAGGUACAAGCGAUGUCGGACUUGCUGCAAUCAAGCUCGCCCAGUAUGUUGGGGCUGAGAUCUAUGUGACAGUUAAAUCCGAUGUCGAAAGAAUGUUCUUGAUGCACAGUUUCAAGGACAGCCUGCCGGAAGAUCGUAUUCUUCAUUAUGGAGAUUCUAGCUUCGCUCCGGCCUUUCGCCAGGCGACCUCAAAACAUGGACAAGAAGGAGUUGAUGUGAUAGUUAACUCAUCCUCUGUUUCGGGCGACCGUCUCCGUGAGACCUGGGAGUGUAUUGCUCACUUCGGUCGGUUUAUUGAAAUUGGCAAACGCGAUAUUGAGGCGGAUGUAGGGUUGCCAAUGCGACCGUUCGACUACAACGCAGCGUUUUACGGCGUGGACAUUAUCACCAUUGCUAAUGAAAAACCUCAGCUAAUGAAACAAUUAAUAUCGGAUGUCAUGACUAUGAUCCGGAAUGGGAUUAUCAGCCCUUUGGCGGCAGGGCAUACGAAACAGAUCUCCGAGGUCGGGGAAGCAUUCGGUCUUGUGCAAUCUGGGGAGGUGAUUAACAAAUUGGUUGUUCUUCACGGUGCAGAGGAAAGAGUCAAGGCACCUAUUCCUUCCUUACCAGUGACCCUUCUGCAUGCCAGCGCUACAUAUAUUGUUGUUGGCGGUACCGGCGGUCUUGGUCGUGCGAUAGCUAGAUGGAUGAUAUCUAAAGGAGCACGGAAUCUUCUCCUCAUCUCUCGCAGUGGUUCGACGAAUGGAAAGGUCGCCCAGUUGAUUCAAGACGCCAUGACUUUCGGAGCCACCAUUACAGUGAAGCAGUGCGAUAUCACGGAUCGGUCCCAUGUUCGUAAGGUUCUUCAAAGCGUUGUAUCUGCGAACAAGCCUCCAGUUCGGGGACUGAUCCAAGGAUCUAUGGUUUUCGAGAACACCCUGUUUGAAGACAUGCAAUACCCAUUAUGGUAUAAUGUUAGCGCACCCAAGGUGGCUGGAACGUGGAACCUCCACCACGAAAUUCAGGCAGGUGGCCAUCAGCUGGACUUUUUCAUCAUGCUAUCUUCAAUUUCGGGUAUAAUCGGCAGUCGUGGUCAAGCACCAUACGCAGCUGCCAAUGCCUUCUUGGAUGGAUUUGCCGCCUUCCGCCAGUCUCUGGGCUUGCCAGCUACGACCCUGGAUAUAGCACCGGUGCUGGAUGCGGGACGCCUAGCAGAAGACAAUCUAGGUGAUGUGAAAGUCUUUUCCGAGAGGUUUGCAUCCGAUGCCAUUACCAAAAACGAGGUUAUGGCGCUACUUGGCGCCGCGAUAUCUGGCGCCUUGCCUGCAACACAACCUCAAUGUGUUACAGGGCUUAAGUUGACUGAUGAGUCAAUCAAAUUCCGAUUCUGGGCUCAGGACCCUAAAUUCGAAUCUCUACUCAAGGAGGCUGAGUUGUCGCGUGGAGAUAGUUCUGAUGCACCUAGUAGCGUGAAAUGCUUGGAUGUCCUCAUCAAGGAGGCUCAAGCGGAAGGUGAAGCGCAGGCUGUGGAUGUGGUGUAUACUGCAUUGGCCAACAAGAUCGCUGAUAUCCUUAUGAUCCCGGCGGAGGAUAUCCUUCCCACCAGCUCCGUGGUUACCUGUGGCCUCGAUUCCCUUGCUGCAGUCGAGUUCCGCAACUGGAUGACUCGUGAGCUGAAUGCUCAGUUGCAGAUCCUGGAGAUAAUUACCAGUUCCAACCUGGAGGUCCUGUCAAGGACAGUUCUGAGUCGGAGAAAGUAA